ACGGUUGUCGGACAUGUUUGGUGACCAAUAUUCAUUAGAAGGUGCUUUGCAAUUUUUAUUUCAACCAAAUGUUAUUUAUACGAUAAAUUUUAAUAAUAUGAUGUGGCAGAGUUUAUUGAUGUGA